UCAUCUUCAGCUGAGGAGUUGAGUAAAACGUUGCCGAAGGCUAGAAGACGAGGGUGCGGUUUGUUAUUCAUCCAUAACCGAAGCCGCCUGUGUGUAGUACCAUCAGCUUGAACUCACUUGAAGUGCAGGAGGCGUAAAAACAAGGUACAGAGUGGAGAGAUCCGCCCGUACCGUGAAGAAGUGCACACAUAUCCAGACACGGCAAGUACGGCACGGUGGUCGAGGGUGUUGACUCAAUAUUUACACUACGUACAAAAGUUAUCUAUAGCCCAGCGGUAGCAGUGCAUGUUGUGCGAACCACGGUGUAUGGUGAGGGGGCUCAUCAUCUCAAUGCUCUUUUCCACCAGUCUGUCCAUUAGUCAGUUGUGUAAAGUGUGUGAAACUCGUUGCAUCCAACACAGGCUAUCCAGAGCAGGAGGAAACGCCAUAUGCCAUAUGCUGAAAAGAAGCAAGUCCGACCGAUGCUCAACUGUUUGGCCUGAUGCUUCGGGGCCGAGAAACCGACUACGAUUUGACGGGAAUUUAUACAUGUGAUAAUAAAGUAAUUUGUUUUAGUGCAAUUUUCUAAUUAAUGGCUGCCGGGCAAAAACAGCGGGACGCCAUCUGGUGGGAGUAAAAGUGUCAAGUGCGAACAAGUGUUGUCAAAGCAAGCGGCUCAGCGGAAUUGGAAAUUUACGACGCUGUCAGUGGAGUGGAUAUUACCCCGGGUCUAGUGCGUUUGUUUUCGUUCGCGUAUACUAAUGAGAGUAAAAACAAAGUAAAACCGUACAACCGCUACAAGCAAGGAGAGAAAGUUCGCGCCAUUCAGCUCGCAUUAACUCCACCGGAUUAUUGCUCUUGACGGUGCAUGAAGAAAGUGUCAACUAGACUCAGCUUGCUCGCACAUCAUUAUCCGGACCAGCACAGUACUGUGUCGCCGCCGUCGUGACCUUCGCAGUCCAUUAGCAAAUCCAAGCACAGCUUCCAGACCUAGCGCAACGUAUGCAUUCGCUGAACGUAUUUUGCACUCAGCGCACCAGCAAUAGCAGUAACGACCGCAAUCGGCAUUACACCGCUCACCGCCGCCGUCUCCGAGGAGAAAUUACUGCCGCGAAAAUCAGGCCAUCAACAACGGCCAAUUCCGUGGCGCUUGUGGUGAUCAGUCGCAGCGGUCGCAGUUGCAGCAGCAGCAGCAGCACCAGUGACAACAGUAACAACAGCGCUGAUCAUAGACGACGGCGACGUCGCCGCCGACGACGCCGAUCGUACACGUUUUAAACCGUGCACCUUUAUAGACAUCGUUGGACUGACAACGGGCGGUAAAAUUUCCAUUUUAGCACGUCCGCGCGACAUUCGCGGCUUUUCUGGGUGAUCGCGAAUGUGUCACGCGGCGGUGGACGCUGAACUUACUCCGCCGCCGCCACGCGUUGACAAGGAAUAAAGGUUGGCGUUGAUGCGUAGUGGUGAAGAUUUAAGUGCCAUUUGAAAGUGCGCGCUAUACCCGCGAAAGAGAAUAAUCGGAUAUCUACGCGCAAAUGCAAUAAGAGUGAUUUAUGGUACAAACAAUCCGUCAUCGGAACCGUUUUUGUUUUUGCUGUGGUUACCGUCGUUUGUGAAGCUUGCAAUGAAAUCCAAAGUUCAAACUAGCAUAAAGCAGAGUACGCCCUCGCUGGGUCGAUGGGGCCGCUCAACAGUGAGUUCCAGUCCGAUGGCUAUUCCGGGUGGUGGCGGUGGGGGCAGCCCCGAGUACGGAAGUGGUUCCAGUCCACCGCAUGGAGCCAACAGCCCACCGCCGAUUCCGCCACGACCCCCUGUGAUACGACAAUCUAGCUUUACCAAAAUCGGGUACAUGAUCAAUACGGCCGUCAACGGCACCAAGAAGCAGUUCAUCAGCAGUACCAGCGGAGGCAAUGGCGAUACAUCCUGGUGCUUCUCACAGAUAAAGGGUGCCCUCGACGACGAUGUCACCGACGCGGACAUCAUCUCGUGUGUGGAGUUCAACCACGAUGGCGAGCUGCUGGCCACCGGCGACAAGGGCGGCCGAGUUGUUAUAUUCCAGAGAGAUCCUGCCUCGAAAUCGUCAAACCCGCGGCGCGGCGAAUACAACGUCUAUUCCACCUUCCAGUCACACGAGCCCGAGUUCGACUAUCUAAAAUCACUAGAAAUAGAGGAAAAAAUCAACAAAAUCCGAUGGCUGAAGCGCAAGAACCAGUCCCAUUUCCUCCUGUCGACCAACGACAAAACGAUAAAACUCUGGAAGGUGUCGGAGCGGGACAAACGGGUUGAGGGCUACAACACGCGAGAAGACAAUGGCAGCAUACGGGAUCCGUCGUCGAUCAGUGCGCUGCGGGUGCCAUCGAUCAAGCCAAUGGACCUGAUGGUGGAGGCGUCGCCCCGUCGGAUCUUCGCCAACGCUCACACCUACCACAUCAACUCGAUAUCGGUCAACUCGGACCAGGAGACGUACCUGUCGGCGGACGACCUGCGGCUCAACCUGUGGCACCUGGAGAUCACCGACCAGAGCUUCAACAUCGUCGACAUCAAGCCGGCGAACAUGGAGGAACUGACGGAGGUCAUCACGGCGGCCGAGUUCCACCCGACCGAGUGCAACGUGUUCGUGUACUCGAGCAGCAAGGGUACAAUUAGGUUAUGUGAUAUGCGCUCGUCCGCGCUCUGCGAUCGGCACGCGAAACUGUUCGAGGAACCGGAGGACGUGGACAUCACCAACAAGAGCUUUUUCCGCGAGAUUAUCAGCUCAAUCAGCGACGUCAAGCUGAGCAACACCGGCCGGUACAUGAUUUCCCGAGACUAUCUGAGUAUUAAGGUGUGGGACUUGCACAUGGAGACGAAACCGAUUGAGACCUAUCCGGUGCAUGAAUACCUCCGCACGAAGCUGUGCUCAUUGUACGAGAACGACUGCAUCUUCGACAAGUUCGAAUGCUGCUGGAACGGCAACGACAGUUCGAUCAUGACCGGCAGCUACAAUAACUUCUUCCGCGUGUUUGACCGCAACAGCAAGAAGGACGUCACGCUGGAGGCGUCCCGGGAUAUCAUCAAGCCGAAGACGGUGCUCAAGCCGCGCAAGGUCUGCACGGGUGGCAAGCGGAAAAAGGACGAAAUCAGCGUUGACUGUUUGGACUUUAACAAGAAGAUCCUGCACACCGCUUGGCACCCGCUCGAGAACAUCAUCGCCGUCGCCGCUACCAAUAAUCUAUUUAUAUUUCAGGAUAAGUUUUAGCUAAUAGUAAGCGUAGUAGUAAUAAUCAAUUAUAAAUGUUUAGGCUGGAACAGUAAGGAAUCAAUGUGGAAUGUUAAACAUUGAUGAGCAGAAACGCGGUGAUCGUGCGAAAGAUUGAGUGCCGUGGGGGUAUGUUGGUAGACCGGAAAUGGUAAACAAACACACAAACACAGAUUUAGAUAUUGAGGGCUAACAAAUAGAGGCAGAGUGUUGAAUUCAAGGGAAAGAAGAAAUGCGUAACAAUAGCGUAACAUAGAAUCAUAUGGUAUGUUUCGAAUCUAGUAAUGCGGGAGAGAGAAAAGGAGAGAUUAUUAAACUAAAAAGGAACACAACAAAACAAUGUGAAAGCUUUUUAUAAUAUACCAUAAAAUAGAGAAGGGAAAUAAAAAUCGAAGCGGGAAAAACUCAUACAAUUGAGGCAGUCGCAAGAGCGGCAAAUAGAGAGAAGAGUGGCAAAAGGAAAGACAAAGGAAUAUAAUUGUAUGCCAUUUCCUGAAAGGGCACUUUCCAAAAUGUAUUGCUUGCUGAAAGUAAGGAGAGAAAUUCACUUUGGCUGAUUUUGAGCCGCAUGUUAUCGAUCUACUUAAGACAGUUAUUUAACUUUCGUCCAAAAACGACUUUAGAGAUAAAGUACAGUCAACAUUUCGUGUGAAUUUGAAGUAACUCAGACAGUAUAUUGUCGUUAAUCAUAUUUUUUCAAAAUUAAUCUUCAACUGUUUUUUUAUUAGAAUACUGCUUCCACGGUUGCUCCUCCUUCCAAUUUUGAUAGUCAAGUGCUUUGGAUAUCGAAUCCAUGUCCCAACCGUAAAGUUGUGCGAAUUUGUGGUUUAUUAUGUUUCUUCAUAUACGGUAUUCUGUACACUGCCAAAGAUGGUCCUAAGCACACAUCGUAGGAACCCUCACAUUUCGCCAAAUUCCAUACUGCUCCUUCAAUUUCCACGGUGUUUUUCUGAUUAUGCCCUACCUGCUAGCACUCAUCAUAGUUAAGUUGAUUCCAUUAUACGUACCCGAUAAUGUUUAAAGUUGUUCACGCUUUAAUCAUUAGAAAUAAAACCGAGACGCUGGAUGUAUCAUGAUGUUAUGUGCUAUAUCACGGUACAUCCAAAAACGAAGUGAUUUAUGAUUAUGUUUGACACAGACAAACCGAUAAUACUGUUAGCUACAGCAAUUGCUAUAAUACUCCAUCGCUCCAGAGUAGGUAUUCUGCCUUGUUUGAAAUAUCAAACUCGAGGGUUUAUGUUCUGUGUGCCUCUGAUUGUGAUACGUCUAUUUGCCUGUGUUACAUUAAUAUCGUGUAUCGGUACGAGAUUUUGUUUCUCACGUAGACCACCUACUCCAUGUGUAAGAUGAAGAUAAUAAGAUCCAGCUCAUUAUUUUGCCCUUUUUCAUAUAUUUCCUAAACAAAUUUGUAAAAUUUUCUUUUUAGUGAAGAAAAAGAUUAGGAGAAAAUUAAUUCAACGCCUUCCCAAGCACACUGUUUCUAUUUGCAUAACAGAAUCAUGGAAGUUUUACCAAAUUUGUUCUAUGAAUGAAAUUUAAAAUGCUACAAAUUGGUUUUGGUUAUUUUUUUAUAUUUUUAGAACAAAGUACCUAUUUUUUUCUGAAACAGCAAGCAAUAAUGAGCUUAUUUUCAAACUAAAAACAAAAUUGCCAAAAAAUCAAUAUGGGACAUUUGAACAAAUUGAGGCAGUGCUGAUGCCAAUUUUGAUUUCUUUUUGUCGUUGCUGUUUUCUAUUUGACAGUUUACUCACAGGAACUGAAGUCACCUGCUGCACAUCACCUACUUCUCGAUUGACUAUCGUCUUAUUAUUUGUCACUCCAGCAUUCGAUUAACAGCCAAGCAUUGAUAUAUAAAAUAUACACCAUUUUAAACUAAUUCUGCAUGAGAAUUCGGCGUAACAAGUCCAAUUACGUAAGAAUUCUUGAUUGUUGCCAUUCGAUUUACAUGGAUCCCGUCACUUAACUCGUGGUGUUAUCUUUGGACAAUGUUAUUGUUUCGUUUCUUCCCGACUUUCCACAAAGCAAUGCAUUGCGGUAAGGAUGCAAUUCUAGCAAAUGACGUGCAAUCGUGGAAAACAGUUAUUACUACAAAAUAUCCUUAAUUAAACAAAAUUAUGUAGCAAGCAGAAGCAGCAAGAAGAAAAACGAAUUAAAUUACAGAAGUAAUAAAUGCAGGACAAACAGAAACACAAAACACAGAGAUAAGGGAAGAUAAGUGCAGCAACAAAACAAACUAAACCGCAGCAGCAGCGCAUGUAAAUCAUGUAUGGGUGCUUGAAUGGAUGGAGACGAUUAGAAAAGUUAGUACGUUCGGAACGUGUAUGGAAGAGUAGUUGUAAAAUGUUUAAAAAACAAAAAACACAAAAAUAUAGGAAGCAAAACGGAAAUGGAAAAGCCAGUCCCUACACAGCCGCAGCAGCAACCACAACAACAACAACCGAAACUGAUUACAGUUAUUAUCAAAUAUUAAUUGAUAGAGUUUAGAUUUAAAUUUGAUCAUCCUUAUCAUCAUCAUCAGAACACAUAGAUGCGAGUAACAACAAAUUGCGGCCGCCAAGCAGCUGGCAAACAGCAUCAGAGACUAAAAGAGUUAGCUUAUCACAAACACGUCAUCACUCCCAAUCAAAAUAAUUGUCAGCUCGUAUGUUUCAUUUCGAUUAAUCCGUUAUGAUUGACUUUGCGCCGAUGCACAUGUUCGAGUUUCUAACGCCGCGUCCACACAAGGACGGUAGGAUGUAAUAUUAUCGCUCCAACCUACUUUUGCGUGAACUCGGCGAUUAGCAAACGCUACAUGAAUAUCGGACCUCUUCUGACGAAUCUGCGUGCGCGUAGAGAUCGAAACAAAUCGAAUACAAACCCCACAUCGUUGCAGUUAAACAGACUUACAGACAAAACUUAGGCCGACGGUGGCACUGAGCCAUCGUAACUUGUUGCAUUCUUUAUAAUUAUGAACAUAUAGAUUAUUAAUUGAUAUAGUAUUUGCUUUAAAAUGGUCGAGGGGUCUUCACUCCUCAGCCGACGGAUCCACUCAAAUAGAGACACAAACUCUUGUAAAAGAAAAUUUUCGUUUUUAAAUUUUAUUUUUUUAUCAUGAAAAGUUCUAUUAAGUACAUAGCAAGCAAAACAUACAAACAAACGAAGCAAGAAUUACAAUUGUACGAAGCGAAGAAGAAAUAGACAAGCAAACACAUUCGGAAAUAAGAAACGGCAACUGGUUUGGAUCGAUUGAUGUGAGAGAAAACGAGAGAAUGGAAGCGACAAGCACGUUUUAGGAUUCGGAUUCAGAGGGGAUAAGCAGCAAUAGCUUACACUGGGUAAAAUUAUCUUGAGUAUAACGCGGGAGGGCUUUGAAGCGCUUUUCUCGUCGUCGUCGUCAUCAUCAUCCGACCGUACGCUUUUGUUGGAACAGAUAUAAAAA